AUGGAUUCGCCGAAAAUUAGAGGCAACACCCGAGCAAGAAAGAGGAAAGUGAGAAGACACUUUGACUAUGAAGCUGAAGAUGAAAGUAUGAACCUUGAUCCGGAGACACGAUAUAAAGUUUACUUCUAUUUUAAAAUCGUUGACACAACAGUUGUUGCACUUAGUGAUGGAUUUCACCAAAUGAAGAGUCACGGUGGCAUUUUUGAGUUAUUAUAUGAUAUAACAAAAGUUAAAGACAUGCCUCCUAAUGAUUUAGCAGACAAGUGUUUAAAAUUGUGUGAUGCCCUCACUUUCAAUGGCUCUAAAGACAUCAGUAACGCCGAAUUAAAAGACGAACUGAAAGUUCUUUCAACUAUCAUAAAGCCCAACAGUUCACCCAAGGAAACGUUGAAAAUGCUUAAUGAAUUUGGUCAUGGUAUCGCACCUAAUGUUAGUGUUGCUCUAAGAAUUUUAUUGACUCUACCAGUUGCAAGUGGAGAAAGAAGCUUUUCCAAACUCAAGUUAAUAAAAACAUACCUACGAUCAACAAUGUCCCAGGAACGUCUGAGUGGUCUAGCAAUGAUUUCCAUUGAACAUAAAAUAACCGAGUCCCUAGAUCUUCAAGAAUUGGUGAAAGAAUUUUCCAGUGCCAAGGCCAGACGAGUGCUACUUAACUAA